AACGCGAGCUGCUGUCUUCAAUUUCCGUAUUGGGGCUACAAGAAAUAAGAAUUACUCGUUCGGAGAUUCGAGUCCAAAGGCCCAGAAAAGCUCAAUUCCUCGACUCUUCCUCCUCCACCCCUCUAUCCUUUCGAAGGCGGUAAAAUAAACCGCGUCAUCGUUCCCGGGAAAAGCAGGAAAACCCCUCAAAGGAAGAAGGAGAAAAGGGGAGAAGUGGGGUGGGGUUUGGCUCUCUUCUCGUUUCGUGAGGCUCGCCUUUCAAAAACUUAAGACAUUCUCAUUUUCUCUUCAUUCCGGGAACCUUGGAUACACUGGAAAGCCAAGAAAGAUAAGAAAUGAGUACCAUGGAUCCUGCUGGGGAUGGUGGAGGGGGAGGGGAUUCAGGUGUUGACAAAAAUAUAACUGUUGGUAUGCCUUUAACUCAUCACCAACACCCGCCACCUUCACCCUUGAGCGGUUGCUAUCUCCUCGUGGUGCUUCCAGAGCCUCACACCGGACAACAUAAGGAUCUCAUCUUGAGUCGUCUUGCAAAAGGAUUCCUAUCGUGGGAUAAGGAUAGUUGCCACGUUGACCUUGAAAAAGAACUGCUAGCCCUGAUAGCACAGGCACCAGAAGGAGAAGAAGCCAGAAAUGGAGAACGUCUCAUUCAAUAUGCAACGGAGAAUCUGGUGACGGAAGUUCUGAUACACCCCCAAACAAAUACAUUGUUACAAUGCAUACGCAAUCUUCUCGCGAGUUUCACGAAGCACCGGCACAUCAUUCACGCUGGCUAUACAUACGGUGGCAAUGGUUCCUGGAUACUGCAGGAUGGAACCUUUAGUUACGCAGAUUUUGUGGAUGUAUUCAGCGAACAUGAAGUGCAAAGAGUGCUUCAUGCUUACGAGAAUAGCGUUACUGUAGAUAUUCAUUGUGCGGGAGUAAGUGAAUGGUCGACGCCGCGAUUAUGCAAGGAACCUUGCACCAGGUCCUGUCAAGUCAAAGUGAAUCCUGAUGACGUUCUCACGGCAGGAGUUCCGGCCAUUACUAAUUUUACACAUUAUAUAGAGCAGUACCUUGUACCCCAAACGCUAGAGCAACUGAUGGAACCUUCUGAUGUCGUUGGAAAUAUCCGCUUUAGUCAUCCAACUCUUUACGUCUUCCCGGGUGGACAGGGAGAUGCGGCUCUCUUUGGAAUAAAUGGUUUCAAUAUGCUUGUCGAUGGAGGGUUUGCUAGGAAAGCUUGCUUCUGGGAUUUUGCCAGGCAUUUGGAUCGACUGGACGCCGUUCUGGUAACAAGGAUAAACAACAGCAAUAUAGGUGGCAUGUCCAGUGUGCUGCGAAAAAAGAAAGAGAUGCACGUUUAUCCGCAGAUUGGACAUUUCUUCUGUAACCUAGUCGAAAGAAGACACUCAAAUUCACCAGACGGCGACAAGGAUAUCGAUCCUUUGAUCCUGGACUUGAUUGAUAUGGGUCAAGAAAUGAUGGUGAAUCUUCGUCACAUAAGCCUUCGAGCUCAUCAUUGUUACCGAGACCCAGAUCCAAUUAAUCUCUACCAUAAAGUCGGUCAUGGGACCCUCGAUAUGUUCGUCCUCAGCCCCAGUAAGGAUAGUAAGGAAGUCCGCGAAUUUCUAGCAAAAUGGCACGCUUCGGACUCGAAGGUUUUUUCUGGUUCUCAUAAAAAAGAUUCGAACAAUCUUGUAUUUCCCAUACAAAAUGUCGUAUCAAUCUGUGCACUCUUGGUAUGGCAACCUGCCAAUCCUGAGGGUACAAUAACAAGGAUUUUAUUCCCUGGAAGUACCCCUCAGCAUAAAAUUUUCGAAGGUCUGGAUCGUCUUAAGCAUUUGGAGUUCCUAAAAUAUCCAACUUGUUCAUCCAAAAGUCUCUCGCCAUCGCCUUCCCUCGUGGCUUUGAAGGAUAAACCAAUAAAGAAAAUGGGUUUAAUCGAGAGGGAAGCGAAAAAAACAGAAUUGAAGAAGGAGAAGAAAGAAACUCCCGAAAUAAAGGCUGUGAAAGGAAGUGAUGAAUCACCUCCCAAGUCAGUCUCCCAGGCAAUUACGGGUGGAAAGACGGCGAAGGUCGAAAUGAAGACUAGAAAAGUUGCGGAAAAUAAAAAGAUUGAAUCUGAGGCUAAGGAAAGCAAGAAGAUCGAGGAUAUAAAGGAAAUAAAAAAGAAGGAAAGUGCAAGAAUUGAAAAAGCAGAGAAGCAAGAUGGUGAGAUGAAAAAGACUGAUGGUAUUAAAGCGGAAACUGAAAAGACUGCUGUUAGUAAGGAACACAAAGCGAAGCCAGAGCCAAAGAAGAGGGAAACUAGAGAUACAAAAACGGCCGUUAAAACUAGCAAACCGGAAGCCCCCUCCAAACCGAGUCCAAAACCAAUCGAGAAGAGGGUAUUGAAGCCCUCAGUGGAUAAGAAGGAUAUUAAGUCUUCUCCAACUACUCCAAAGAAAACUUUGAAUGGAACUGCCGGCAAAUCCGAGAUGUCAAAGCCUGUACCAAAAGUUCCAACAAAACCGGCUACUAGAGCACCAUAUUCUGCUCCAGCAAAGAGUGCCAAAGACGCCAACAAUAGAAAAGUUGUUGAACAAAAGAAUAUAGAGAUGUCUUCAAUGGCUAAAACUGCUGCCCUUACAGCUGCGUCUAAAGCUGCAAAACCAAAGCCAGCUGAACGCAAACCAAUUAGUCGUCGAACAAAGCCAGUUAGUCCGAGCAAAUCUAGAGUUCCUAGCAGUCCAGCAAAGUCGACUAGAAGCACUCCGACUACUUCAGUCAAAUCGGAUAAGGAUGGGGUGAUUAGGAAAGUCAAAGGUGACAAAGGCACAACUGAUUCCUCAACAGUAUCAACUCCUUCUGGAAUAGAACCUGAUUCAGUUGUACGACUAGCAGAAAAGAAUCUUACUGAAAAGUCCGAGGACAUGUCUCUUGAUUCUAUUGAAAGCAAGGUGUUGGCAGACCUUAAAGAAGAAAGGGAGGUUGUAGAAGAAAUUGAAGCAGUUCUUCAAAAGGCAGAGAGAAUAGAAGAAGCGAGAAAGGAGGAACGCUUUGAAGGAGAUGAUGAGAUUACUGCUGAAGCUACAGAUAAAAAGGAGGAAGACAUGACCGAAGAAGAUGUAACAGCUGAGAUAGAAGAUGCUCCGAAAAAAGAGAGUUCCAGGAAAGCAAGCCAGGAGUUGACCGAGGAGGAUGAGUACUUGAUCGUCGAAAAGGAAGAGAUCUAUACUGAAGAUUCUGUUCUGAGUGGGGAAGGAGAGCAAAAGCACUUCCUCGAUGAAGUUGAGUCGGAGAAACCUAAAAUAGUGAUGGAUCAGGAAUUUCCAAAGGAAGAAGAAGCUGAAGAAAAGAAGGAUGAAGUUCCAGAAAAAAAAUUAGAGUUUGCAGAAGCAUCUGGUAUUAACGUACAAGAAAGAAGAGUAUCUGAAUUGUUGUCUCCAGAAAACAAAGAAAAGUUAAAGGAGGAGAUGAAGGAAAUAAUAGCCACUGCCACUGAAGCUGUUCAGAAAACUGACGAGAAAGAAGAUUCCGGAAAAAAGGACAGUGAAGAUAUAAUCAAGGAACCUUGUAGUUUGAGUCCUGAUAAAGUUGAUUCUUCCGAAAAGAAAACUACAGAGACUGAACAGAAGACAGAAGUUGAUCAGAAAGAACCAGUUCCUGAGAAGAUGGAAGAGUCUCAAGAGAGAAUAUCGACUCUAGAAUCAGGUGCAACAACAACUGCACCGACUUUGCCUGAAGACGAAAGAAUUACUUUAGAUGAAAUUAAAGAAGUCAUUGAUGAGAAACAUGUGGCUGAAGAAGUUAAGGAAAACGCUGUAUCACCAGUAAUCAAAGAAGUAAUUCCAGAAGAAAUACCAGCACCUGUAAUUCGUCAGUCAAUUCCAGCUCAUCACAGAGAUUCUGUGAAGACUCCUGAUGAGGUUGCUGAUCUUCCAGUACACGAAGAAGUUGAUCCUAAACUUUAUAGGAUGGAGGACUUCGGCAAAGAUAAGGAUGAAAAGGCUCAGUCGCCCCAAGAAACAAAAGAACCUCCGACGCCACCAGUGAAAGAACAAAAGGGAAUGUUUAGUUUCUUCGGUAAAGUAGCUGAUAAAUUUGAGAAAGGAUAUGAUAAAUUAACUAAGAAGAAAAGAGAUUCUGAUAAAGACACUGAUGAUAAGUCAUCAUCAAAAUCUGGUUCGCCAAAGGAUCCUAAACCAAAAGAACCAGCUUUUGAAGACGUAGAUAUGGAGAAAGUCUUCCAGAAAGUAAGCAAAGUUGGUGAUAAGCCUGAUACUUUUGAACAAGUGGAGCCUAAAUUAUAUGAUGUGAAGGUUGCAACUAUAAAAGAAACUGCGACGUUCUUACAGGAAGAAAUAAAGGAUGUAGGAAUAACUUGUACACUGGAUUCAGAGUCAAAGAUAGAAUGCAUGACUUUCGAUGUUGUGGAAGCAGAAAAAAUUAUAGAACAACCCAAACUUGAUGAAAAGCCAUCAAUGCCUAAAGAUUUUGAGGACCUGAAAGACGAAACUUUAACAGAAGGCGGAAAGAAAGAAGUUGAUAUUAAAGAAGCAGCAACUGAUGAAGAUAUCGAAGCCCUGAUUCAAGAGUCUUCUAAGAAAUCUAAAUCAGGGAAGGAUAGUUUGCGUGACUCUCUGGAGUCCCUUGAAGAAAAAGGGCCAAGGGAACACCAAAUUAAUUUGGCUGAUUUACCUCCACCAACUGAUAUUAUCGCAGACACUCUAACUGGCGUUGCUGAAAGAUUAGGGGAAAUAAAACCACCAGUCGACACAGUUUCUGCUGUUUCAAAAGAGCCUGAAAAGAGCCUUACUGCUCCUCAGAGUAAAGAACUGGAAUCUGCAGAAGAUAAAGAAGAGGAUGAUUUAGGGUAUAUUCCAGACUUGAAAGAAGCUGUUCGGGAUAUCGGUGAAGUUCUAGCAGGAACUGCUGGAAUUGAACUUGAAGAAAAGCCUAAAGAUGUGAUUGAAAUUGUGAAAAAAGUAGCAGAAGUACUGAAGGAAGAUGAUUUUUUGUCCGAGAAAGCUCUAUUUGAGAUCGCUGAGAAAAAAGAAAGGCCGACAGUUUUAGAUACUCGACCAUCUACAGGUGAUGACAAGAAGUCUGAAGUUGAUGACAAGGUUGGAAAAUCAAGCUUCGGAGACAUCAUUCCAAAAAAAGUAGGUGUUACAGAACAACUGCCUUCUCAAGAAGAAGUCGAGGAGAUGAUCGAGGGCGAGAUUUUUAAACCUUUGCCAGAAUAUCAAAGAGCCAUUGGGAUCGUCGUUCAAGAACAGCCUUGUAUAGAGGUUGUUAAGGACACCCAAGUUUCUUCACCUGCAAAUGAAGUAUCUGAACGUGAAAGAAUUUUAGAAAUUGGCGCAGAUCUUCUACGAGAUAUUAACAUUUGUGAACAAACAGGUAUCUGUGAUGAUAGUAAAGUAGAUGUACUGGAAGCUGGAUUGGAACCAGUGUGUACAAAAAUGAUAAUUCAUCCAAGAGCUGACGAGGCUGAUGACACGAAUGAAGAAAUUGAAUCUUCGGAUAUAGGAUUUGAGCAAAAAUUAUCUCCAGCGAAGCCGGAGCUGGUUGUGGUUACGCCAGGAUCCACACCUACUUCGCCUAAGUUCGCAGCAGAUAAAAUAUCCGAACAUGAUGUGCAAGUAGCUUCACGACUUGCUGAUCAAUUACCAGCAGAUAUUAGGCAUGUGCUUGAAAAAGGUGGCAAUGUAGAGGAUAUUAUUGAAGAAAUUCUUAUGUCCAAAAAGCAAAAGAUUACAACGGAAAUUAUAGAGUAUAUUAUAAUCAUAAAACGCAUUUCCAGAGAAAGAGUAAUUGAGAUAAUUGAAACUAUUAUUUUAAAGAGAGGAAUUUCUCGUGAAAGUGCGAUGGAAGGGGAACAUAUUACUAAAACUGAGGUGGUCAUCAGUCCCCAAAAGAGAAACGAUGUUCAAGAUUAUAUUGAGAAAGAGUAUGUCAAUAGAGGAAGAAGGAUCACUACAUUGAUUAUCGAAGAGAUUACAUUGUUAAAAAUAAUUCCUGAAGAUGUUUUAAUGGAAAUAAUUGGAGAUAUCAUAAUCAAAAGAAAUAUUACAAGGGAUUCGGUGCUGGAUAUAAUCGAUGAUAAAACUCAAAAGAUCAGCGUAGAUGUGCAAGGGGAUAUUAAGACAGAAGCACCAGCAGUAUCUGGUGGAACAGUGGAUGAACAAAAACAAAUACCAAUGACGAAAGUCACAGAGAAAAAAGAGAUUUCCGUAGCUGAAAGUACAGUUAACUUGGAAGAAGAUCUUAUUGAAGGGUUUGUUAAUAUUCCAUCGACAAGUGAUGUCGCAGCUUUUAUAAGUGAAGAGAGGCGAACAACUUAUGAUGAAUUAGAAUUUGAGGCAAGAGCUACAUCUUCAGGGAAGACUCUUCCAGGAAAAGUUGACUUCGAAGCUAUUGAAGAGGAAUACAAAGUUUGUGGCUUAACGCAGUCAACCGAUGUCUCCAGAAAAUUAAUUGAAACUGAAAAGGGUAUUGAAGAUACGAGUGAGGUGAUUGAAGCUGAUGAGAAAUUCGUCAAAGAAACAAAAGGAAAGUUUGGGAAAGAAAAUGAGUCUGUAUUAGAUGAGAUCAAGGAUAAGGAAGAGGAAAUGGAUUCGCGGGUACGGGAUUCUGAAAUAUUUGAAACUUCCGAAGUCAUUGAUGCUACGGAGAAGUAUUUAGAUGAAGCUAAGGAAAAGGUUGAGGCUACAGUAAAGGAAACCGAUGAAAAGAAGAGUCCAAAGUUUGAGAAAGCGUUAACAGAAACUAAAGUAGCCAGCACAACUGUUCAACUGAUUGAAGAGAGAAAAAAAAGCAUUUCUGAUAAAGUUUCAGGUGAAGUGUUAUCAGAAGCAUUACAAGAGAAGAUUGAUGAUCAGGAAGUACAAGAUAUUACGGUUCGUAAAAUGCUAGUAACUGCCAGUAGUGAAGAUGGUGGUCACGAAACAGAAAUCUGCGCAGCAGGGACAAUUACUUUUACAAAGUCAGUGUCUCCAGAUUCUUUAAAAGAAUCUUCUUUGAAAUCUACACCAGACAAAGAUUCUUUGGCAAUGGAUAAGGAUUCUUUACACUCCGAUGAAAAAUCACGAGAAAUGGAUAGCAUUUCUGACAAAUCAGGUUCAGAAGCCAAAGAAAAAGUUUCGCCAGUCGAUAGUUUGGAUAAGUCACCAGUUGGUACUCGGAAAUCUCAAGACCUAGAAGAUAGUUUGGAAAAGAAAGCGGAAGUAUCUGAUGAGAAAUCAACAUUUGAGACUGCAUCAGAAAAUACAUUAGUAUCCCUUCUUGAAGAAUCACCUGAGAAACAAGAAAAAGCAAACAAAGUGAUGGAACUCGGAGAGUUAAAGUCACCAGGAUUAGGACUUUCAAGCGUAAUAUCGCUUACUGAAAGUGUUUUCGCUAAAAGCUCUACUGAACAGGCCGACAUUUCUGCGAAAACAUCCGUUUUAGAAAAACCAGUGGAAAUGCAAAUUAAAUCAUUUGAAGAAAUUUCGAAACCUACCUGUCCAGCAGAGAAGCUCACUGAUAUAUCGUCAAGUACAAUUAGUGAAAAAAAUGUGGCUCAAACAUCUACAAUUCAUGAUGAAAUUGCAGAAUUACAGGAUAAAGUGGAUGCAUCAAAAGCAUCGAGUGUAGUCAGUGAGAAGCUAGAAGAAAAAGAUUUCCCCCAAUUAACUGGAGAUAAAGUAGAGGAAAAGGAAUCUUCCAAAAAAAUGGUUUCUAAAUGCCAGUCCUCAAGCAUAGUCAGUGAGAAGGAAGCUUCAUCAUCUCUUCAAAAAUUGGAUGAUAUUAUUACUAUAGAACCGAAUCUUGCUGCAGAAGAGAUCGAUCAAUCAAUUUCAAUGUCCAUUGUCAGUACAAUGUCAGAAGAAAAAGAAACAAAGUCCAGAACUGCGAGUAUAUCAGAAGGAAAGCCUGACGAUAAAUCAACAACUGAGCAACCUGUUGAAAAAUCUCGUUCUGCUAGCAUUGUCAGUGCUAAAGAAAAUGAGAAGUUACUCGAAAAAUCUCAAUCGACAAGAAUUGUUAGUGAAAAAGCAGAUGAAAAGGGAUCUCCAGAGGCUACUGUCAGAUCAAGAUCAACUAGUAUUUCCAGUGAUAAGGCAGAAGAAAAGUCACCUAGUGUCACUGGUGAUAAAGUUGACGAGAAAGAUUUUCUAGAAGAAGUUGUUACAAAAUCUAGAUCAUCAAGUAUUACUAGCGAAAAAACAGACCUGAAUAAAUAUGAUCUAUCAAUGUCUCCUGGUAUUACAAGUAGUAAACCUAGUGAAAAGGAUUUCAUUGACGAAGCUGCUGUCAGGUCCAGAGCUGGAAGUAUUGCUAGUGAGAAAGCAGAAGCAAAAAAAGAUCAGGAAAUAUCUGGGCAAUCAAAUUCUACGAGCAUUGCAGGCGAUAAGCCAGGGGAAAAAGAUUUAUUUGAAGAGAUUGUUGGUACUUCUAGAUCAUCAAGUAUUGCUGGUGAAAAAGUGGAUCUAAAAGAAGAUACAUUAAAGUCUCCUGGCGUUUCAGGUGAAAAGCUUGGCCAUAAAUAUUUCAUUGAUGAAACUACUAUCAGAUCCAGAUCUUCGAGUAUCGCAAGUGAGAAAGCACAUCCUGUGAAGGAUUCCCAUCAUGACAAGGAAUCAUCUAAGCAACUAAAAUCUCCUAGAAUUGCUGGUGAUAAGCCUGGUGAUAAAGAAUUGAUUAAUGAAGCUACGGCUAGAUCCAGAUCUUCGAGUAUCGCCAGUGAGAAAGCACAUGAAGUAAAGGAUUCCCUUCUUGAUGAGGAACUAUCUGACCAACUAAAAUCUCCUAGUAUUGCUGGUGAUAAGUUUGGUGAUCAAGAAUUGAUUGAUGAAGCUACAAAUAGAGCCAGAUCUACCAGUACCGUCAGUAAGAAAGCACCCGAAGUCAAGGAUUCCCAUCAUGAUAAGGAACCAUCUGAGCGAAUAAAAUCUCCUUGCAUUGCUGAUGAUAAGCCUGGUGAUAAGGAAUUGAUUGAUGAACCUACUAUUAGAUCCAGAUCUUCGAGUAUUAUCAGUGAGAAAGCACAGCCAUUAAAGGAUUCCCAUCUUGAUAAAAAACCAUCUGACCAAUUAAAAUCUCCUAGCAUUGGUGGAGAUAGACCUGUGAGAAAGCACAUCCAAUCCAGAUCUUCAAGUAUCGCCAGUGAGAAAGCACAUCCAGGGAAGGAUUCGCAUCUUGACAAAGAAUCAUCUGAUCAACUAAAUUCUCCUAGCAUUGCUGGUGAUAAGUCUGGUGAUAAAGAAUUGAUUGAUGAAGCUACUAUUAGAUCCAGAUCUUCGAGUAUCGCCAGUGAGAAAGCAUAUGAAGUAAAGGAUUCCCACCAUGAUAAGGAACCAUGUGACCGUAUAAAAUCUCCUUGCAUUGCAGCUGAUAAGCUCGUUGAUAAAGAAUUGAUCAAUGAAGCUACUAUUAGAUCCAGAUCUUCGAGUAUCGCCAGUGAGAAAGCACAUCCAGUAAAGGAUUCGCUUCAUGAUAAGGAACCAUCUGACCUACAAAAAUCUCCUAGCAUUGCUGGUGAUAAGCUCGGCGAUAAAGAAUUAAUUGAUGAAGAUACCAUUAGAUCCAGAUCUUCGAGUAUCGCUAGUGAGAAAGCACUUUCAGUAAAAGAUUCCCAUCAUGACAAGGAAUCAUCUGACCAACAAAAAUCUCCUAGCAUUGCUGGUGAUAAGUCUGGUGGUAAAGAAUUGAUUGAUGAACCUAAUAUUAGAUCCAGAUCUUCGAGUAUCGCCAGUGAGAAAGCACUUUCAGUAGAGGAGUCCCAUCAUGAAAAGGAAACAUCUGACCAAUUAAAAUCGCCUAGCAUUGCUGGUGAUAAAAAAUUGAUUGAUGAAGCUACAAUUAGAUCCAUAUCUUCGAGUAUAGCCAGUGAGAAAGCACAUCCAGUAAAGGAUUCCCAUCAUGACAAGGAAUCAUCUGAGCAACAAAAAUCUCCUAGCAUUGCUGGUGAUAAGCUCAGUGAUAAAGAAUUGAUUGAUAAAGCUACAAUUAGAUCCAGAUCUUCGAGUAUUGCCAGUGAGAAAGCACAUCCAGUAAAGGAUUCCCUUCAUGAUAAGGAACCAUCUGACCAACAAAAAUCUCCUAGCAUUGCUGGUGAUAAUUCUGGUGAUAAAGAAUUGAUUGAUGAACCUACUAUUGGAUCCAGAUCUUCGAGUAUCGCCAGUGAGAAAGCACAUCCAGUAAAAGAUUCCCUUCAUGAUAAGGAACCAUCUGACCAACAAAAAUUUCCCAGCAUUCCUGGUGAUAAGUCUAGUGAUAAAGAAUUGAUUGAUGAGGCUACGAUUAGAUCCAGAUCUUCGAGUAUUGCCAGUGAGAAAGCACGUUCAGUAGAUGAUUCCUAUCAUGACAAGGAAUUAUAUGAGCAACAUAAAUCUCCUAGCAUUGCUGGUGAUAAGCUCGGUGAUAAAGAAUUAAUUGAUGAAGCUACAAUUAGAUCCAGAUCUUCGAGUAUCUCCAAUGAGAAAGCACAUCUAGUAAAGGAUUCCCAUCAUGACAAGGAAUCAUCUGAGCAACAAAAAUCUCCUAGCAUUGCUGGUGAUAAGCUCGGUGAUAAAGAAUUGAUUGAUGAAGCUACAAUUAAAUCCAGAUCUUCGAGUAUUUCCAGUGAGAAAGCACAUCCAGUAAUGGAUUUCCACCAUGAUAAGGAACCAUCUCACCAACAAAAAUCUCCUAGCAUUGCUGGUGAUAAGCUCGGUGAUAAAGAAUUAAUUGAUGAUCCUACUAUUAGAUCCAGAUCUUCGAGUAUCGCCAAGGCAAAGGAUUCCCAUCAUGACAAGGAAUCAUCUGAGCAACAAAAAUCUCCUAGCAUUGCUGUUGAUAAGCUCGGUGAUAAAGAAUUGAUUGAUGAAGCUACAAUUAGAUCCAGAUCUUCGAGUAUUGCUAGUGAGAAAGCACAUCCAGUAAAGGAUUCGCUUCAUGAUAAGGAACCAUCUGACCCACAAAAAUCUCCUUGCAUUGCAGCUGAUAAGCUCGUUGAUAAAGAAUUGAUCAAUGAAGCUACUAUUAGAUCCAGAUCUUCGAGUAUCGCCAGUGAGAAAGCACAUCCAGUAAAGGAUUCCCUUCAUGAUGAGGAACUAUCUGACCAACAAAAAUCUCCUAGCAUUGCUGUUGAUAAGCUCGGUGAUAAAGAGUUGAUUGAUGAAGCUACAAUUAGAUCCAGAUCUUCGAGUAUUGCUAGUGAGAAAGCACAUCCAGCAAAGGAUUCGCUUCAUGAUAAGGAACCAUCUGACCUACAAAAAUCUCCUAGCAUUGCUGGUGAUAAUUGUGGUGAUAAUUCUAGUGAUAAAGAAUUGAUUGAUGAACCUACUAUUAGAUCCAGAUCUUCGAGUAUCGCCAGUGAGAAAGCACAUCCAGUAAAGGAUUCCCUUCAUGAUAAGGAACCAUCUGACCAACAAAAAUUUCCCAGCAUUGCUGGUGAUAAGUCUAGUGAUAAAGAAUUGAUUGAUGAGGCUACGAUUAGAUCCAGAUCUUCGAGUAUUGCCAGUGAGAAAGCACAUUCAGUAAAUGAUUCCCAUCAUGACAAGGAAUCAUAUGAGCAACAUAAAUCUCCUAGCAUUGCUGGUGAUAAGCUCAGUGAUAAAGAAUUAAUUGAUGAAGCUACAAUUAGAUCCAGAUCUUCGAGUAUCUCCAGUGAGAAAGCACAUCUAGUAAAGGAUUCCCAUCAUGACAAGGAAUCAUCUGAGCAACAAAAAUGUCCUAGCAUGGCUGGUGAUAAGCUCGGUGAUAAAGAAUUGAUUGAUGAAGCUACAAUUAGAUCCAGAUCUUCGAGUAUUGCUAGUGAGAAAGCACAUCCAGUAAAGGAUUCGCUUCAUGAUAAGGAACCAUCUGACCUACAAAAAUCUCCUAGCAUUGCUGGUGAUAAGCUCGGUGAUAAAGAAUUGAUUGAUGAAGCUACAAUUAGAUCCAGAUCUUCGAGUAUUGCCAGUGAGAAAGCACAUUCAGUAAAUGAUUCCUAUCAUGACAAGGAAUCAUAUGAGCAACAUAAAUCUCCUAGCAUUGCUGGUGAUAAGCUCAGUGAUAAAGAAUUAAUUGAUGAAGCUACAAUUAGAUCCAGAUCUUCGAGUAUCUCCAGUGAGAAAGCACAUCUAGUAAAGGAUUCCCAUCAUGACAAGGAAUCAUCUGAGCAACAAAAAUCUCCUAGCAUUGCUGGUGAUAAGCUAGGUGAUAAAGAAUUGAUUGGUGAAGCUACAAUUAGAUCCAGAUCUUCGAGUAUUUCCAGUGAGAAAGCACAUUCGGUAAUAGAUUUCCACCAUGAUAAGGAACCAUCUGAGCUAUUAAAAACUGGCAGCAUUGCUGGUGAUAAGCUUAGUGAUAAAGAAUUGAUUGAUGAAGCUACAAGUAGAUCCAGACCUUCGGACAUCACCAGUGAAAAAGCAUAUCCAGUUAAGGAUUCCUAUCAUGAUAAGCAACCUUCUGAUUAUUUAAAAUAUUCCGGUAUUGUUGGUGAAACGCCUGUUGACAAAGAAGUAAUUGAUGGAGCUAAUAUCAGAUCCAGAUCUUCGAGUAUCGCCAGUGAGAAAGCACAGCCAGCAAAGGAUUCUCGUCGCGAUCAGGAAUUAUCUGAUCAAGAAAAAUCUCCUAACAUUACGGGUGAUAAGUCUGGUAUUGCUAGUGAAAAAUCAGAGACCAAGAAACCUUCUGAUAUAAUAGAUAUGAAAGGGCGUGGUGACAAAGAUUUGAUUUAUGAAGCUACUGCCAGAUCUAGAUCUUCAAGUAUUUCAGGUGAAGAACCAGAUACUAAAGAACUUUAUGAUAAAGUCAAGUCAGCAGCUUUAACUGAUAAGUCUGAUGAAAAGGAAGCUUAUUUAAGACCCAAAUCUCAAAUCAUUCCCGGUGAUAAGUUUACCGAAAAAGAUUUAUUCGAGGAUGUAAUGUCGUCAAGUUUUGCUAGCGAGAAUCACGAUACUAAUAAAAUCAAACUAGCUACAGCAGACAUUAGUGAUAAGCUGAGCGAUAAGGGAUCAGUAGAUCGUUCCAGAUCACCCAAUGUCGAAGGCGAUAAGACUAGUGUUAAAGAUUUGGAAGAUGAAACUGACAAAUCGAAAUUGAUGGGUGUGGCUAGCGUAAAAGUAGAUGAAAAGGAUAUUUCUGAUCAAAUUAAAUCUGCAACAGCUGAAAAAACAGAUGAGAAAGAAGCAGCUAAUCGCUCAAAGUCUCCAAGUAUUGCUGGUGAUUUAGUAGAAGAAGCAAUUACGAAAUCUAGAACUUCUAGUAUUUCAAUUGUAAAGGCAGAAAUAAAAUCGACUGAUCCUUCAAAGUCUCCUACUAUCGCAGGCGAUGAGUUAAGUGAGAAAGGUUUUUUGGAUGAUGCAACUAUUAAAUCUAGAUCAUCUAGCAUCGUCAGUGAUAAACAAGUUAUAAAGAAAUCAGUUGAUCCAAUUCAAAUAAUAGCAACAGAUGUUCAACCUGAUAAAAAGGAACUUGCCGAUCGAUCAAAGUCACCUAGCAUUGUUGGUGAACAAGAUAUUGAAAUAGAUUUGGUUGAAGUUAGGAAGUCUAGAUCUUCGAGUAUCGUGAGCGAAAAUUUAACACCAGAACCAUUAGGAAAGCCAUCUUUUCUGGCAGAUCUUAAGCAUGAUGAUAAAUCAGAAAAAGACUAUGUUGAGCAUCUCAGAUCAGCUAGUCUGAUAAGCGAUAAGCUAGACGAGGAUUCCAUUGACCGAACCAAGUCACCGAGUACAAUUAGUGAAAAAUCCGAUGAGAAAGAUGGAUGUGAUAGGUCUAAGUCGUCUAGCAUUGAUGGAGAUAAGUUUGAUCAUGAAGGAGACCAAGCUUUUACACAAUCUUUAUCACCGAGUAUGAUUGUAGAAAAGCUUGAGCACGACCUGAGAAAAGAAGAAUUGAAAGUUCAAAACCAUGACAGGUCAAGAACAUCAAGUGUUAGCAGUACUAAAGCUGAAGAAAAAAUUAGUCUAAAGGAUUCUAAUAAAGAGGAAAUAAGAUCUAGGACUUCAAGUUUUGUUAGUGAAAACCCUGAUGAGAAGAUAUCCAGAUCUAGGACAUCUAGUAUUGUCAGCGAAAAAGGAGAUGGAAACGAAGUGCUAGAUAAGUCAAGAUCACCUGGCGUUUCAUAUGAAACUGAGAAAGUACAAAAGUUAGAUGCUUAUGAUCCCAAGUUAUCUAGGGCAGAGUCACCAAUCGAGGAUCGAACGCCUAAAGAUCGUUCGCGAUCACACAGUUUAUUUGAAGGAGGGGAGAAGACACCCUUGGGUCGAUCUAGAGCAGCAAGUGUGUUUGAAGAUAAACCAAGUGAAAAAAUUAAUCUUCUAGACCAAGUAAAGGGGGCUCUGGAAGCCCCUUCGAAAACAAACAUCUUGGAAGAAAAGGAUGAAAUGAAAUCUUCAUUGGAAAAACUGACAGAACCUAGAAAAGGAAGCUUGACAGUUAGCGAAAUGUCAGCGGAUGUUUCAGAGAAGGUUGCUUCUAGAAAGCAGAAUGAAGUAGAAAUGCAUUUAUUGAGACGAUUCAGUGAAGAGAAGUUGCAAAUAGUACCUGAUGUAAAAGACGUUCUGCAUCUUAAACCUGAGGAAAGAGAGGAAAUAGAGAGUUAUGUACUAAAUGAAUGUGUAGGCAAAAAGCAGAAAGUAAGUGCACAAAUGUUGGAUGAAAUGAGUGCAACUCGUUCGGUUUCAAGGUCAGUGAUAAUCUUUGCAAUUGAAGAGAUACUUUUAAAAUUGAACAUUCCUAGAGAUACUAUUAUUGGAUUUGGCCAGGAAGAACAAGAAAUUUCGCAUUCAGAAAGAGGAGAUAAGUCAGAGGAACUAUCGGCAGAGGAACUAUCGGCAGAGAAAUUAGCAAAUAUAGAAAAAUAUAUCUCUGAAGAGUAUAUUGAGAAGCAUAAGAAGUUGUCACUGGAAGCUGCGGAUGAAAUUGCGAAUAUAAAGUUAGUUUCGAGGAGCAUUAUUAUUGCGAUUGUCGAAGAGAUUAUUCUAGUAAAAAAUUUAACGAGACAAAACAUUCUCGAAAGUGAUAUUUUAGAGCUUGUAAAAUCUUCUUUUAAGGAAAUAGAUACUAUUACUGAAUCACAGCCAACUGAUACAAAAAGUUCCGGAUCAAAAGAUGCCAUUGUGUUGCCUGAUUCAAGGGAAUCUAGUUUAGCUAGUAUUAAGGAUCAAGAUUUUAUGACAAAUGAUAUUAAGAGGGAGAAUAUUGAGAGCAAAUCAAGCAUGGUUGAACAGGAUUUCAAAUCUCUGAAAUCUGUUUCUAAAAGUCCUAGUCCGAGUCCCGAACCAGGAACUUCGGUAUCUCGAGUAUCUUUCCAACAAAGUACGGAUCUAUUAGAAACGCAAAUACCUGAGGAAAUAUCGAUAUCAGAAGAAAAGCGUACAGAAGUAAAAACUCUUUUGUUAGAAGACUACAUAAGCAAGGGAAAGAAAAUUACGGAGACAUCCCUCCAAGAAGUCAUCAACAAAACAGGAGUGCCAAGAUACAUUAUUUUAGAAAUCAUAGACGAAUUCAUUUACAUUAAGAAAUUAUCAAGAGAAAAUGUAAUCGACAAGUUGUUAUUUUUGGAGGAAGAGCCCGAAGAUUCUUUUGAGCGGUCAUUAUUGUCCACUCCAGAUAUAAAGUCUUCUGGAUAUUCAACCCCAGAAAUUAAACACUUGGAUGAAAAAAUGGCCAAGUCGAUUCCUUAUGUUGCAGAUUAUGAAAGUCCAUUCCAUAAAGCAUUUGUUGGUGGCAUGACGGAAAUGCGAACGACGCAUAUAACGACCUUGUCUGGCAAAUCAACACCUGAUCUUGGUGGACGUGCUGAUACUCCUGAAUCCGAUGUGACUAGUACCACGGGUACUACUUCUCAAGAAGUUACUGAAAAGAAGCAGGAAAUUAAAGCCGCGGAUGAUCAAGAAAUCUCAAGUACAGGGAGAACUGUCGAUAAAGAUCUUGGACCUGAGUCUGAGGAAGACCUUUCUGCAGUAAAAACAACGGUUUUGAAGACAACCCACUUGGUAAGCCAUUUUGAUCAAGCUGAAAGCCUUGAUGAUUUACCAACAGAUGCGAAACGAGAGGUCAUCGUAUAUGAAGAAGAACCAGAGAUCCUCGAAACUGUAACAACCAAAACUACAACAACUGUUAUAAUCGAUGAAGGUUCUGGAGACAAAGGUACUACCUCUGAAAUUGGAAAACCAGAGCUUUACACAUACAUUAUAUCUCGCGAAGGACAAGCGGAAGUUACAGAGAGUUCUAAAUCUAAUUCGGAAUUUGUGACGAAGGUAAUAAGCAGAGAAAGUACUCCUGAAAUCACAAGUGAUGUCAAAAGAAUCGUGACAACUGUUACGACUGUUACUGACUCAAAUGGCAAAGUUACGACCAUGAAAGAUGUGACAGAAUCUAAUGAUGUCCUCGAAAGAGAAGAAUUACUUGAUAAGCUUAUUGACUCGUCACAAGCAGAAAAAUCAGGAAAAGUAUCAGAGAUAAAAACAGAGGUUUCAAAGUCAGAUAAGGUUAUGAAAGAAACAGCUACGACUUUAACUACGACUUCUGGUGUUUCCACACCUGAUGUAAAAUUUUUCUAUGAUUCUGGAAAGUCGACACCUGAUUCAAAAUUGGAAGAAAAAUUAGAAGUGCUUGAUAAAAUAUCUGCUGAACGGUUACAGCACUCACUCUCUCCUUUGAUAAAGGAUCUUGUGUCUGAUGACAAGAGUUUAUCUGGGAAAUCUUCUCCUGAUAUAUCCUUACCCAAAGAUAUAGCUUAUAGUGGAUCCACUGGAAAAUCUACACCUGACAUUCCUGUGUCUCCUUUGAAUAGGGACGGAGCACCUGCUCAUCAUUAUCCUUCAGGAAGAUCGACACCUGACCGGAGAUUGGAAGGUAGAUCGCGAACCAGUACUCCUGAAGGUUUCCGAUCAGGUGAAGUCUUGAGAACAAUCAUUACAACCACUAGAACUAUGUCUGAUGAUGGAGAUAUUAUCACCACUACUAAAGAGGUAACGGAGGCUACCAAUGAAAAGGGUGAAACCAUCGUCAUUACGGAAAAAACAGAUGUUAAGGUUGAUGACCAUGUACCUGUUAGUAUGGGAAGCACGAUUGAUGAUCCGAAAUCAGCUGAUCUUCAACGAGUCCCUAGUUCUGGUUCCGAUAUACUGAGUGAAAGAGACGCUGGACCAAUCAGUCCUCGGAGUGAUCUAAGUAGUGGACACAGUAGGGCAGCUACUCACAUUUGGGGUAGUAGUGAAGAAAGGCAUACCUAUUCUGAUGAUGAGCCUCCAAGUUCACCACUUUCAACUACCUCUCAUAUUGGCCACUCCCCUCGUAAUUUUGAACACGAAUCUAUGAUAAGCAGCUUCUAUGGUGAACUUCCAACUUCUGUUUCAAAAACUGAAACAGCUGUCCGAUUCAGUGAUCCUCUACCUUCUGAAAGUGAGAAACCUACCAAAGUAUUGACAGUUGAAAAAGAAUUCGCUAGUGGUUUCAGUCAUAAGGCAGGUUCCAAGAAAUAUAUCGAUGAAGCCGACUUGGAUUCGGAUAAAGUUUUGUUGGAACUGAAAGAUACGAGGGAAAGUACUUCAACUUCUACUGAUUCUCAAGAUAACACUAAGGAUGAUAAAGCUGAAUCUAUGAAGGAUCCUAUAGAAGGAUGGGGAACUCCUUUAGGUCUACCUUCACCAAAGCGACCACGAAAGUUUAAUCUACGGAGUCCAUGUCAACCAAGCAGUAGUUCUUGUGAUUUAUCCCCCGAUAGUCUCAACUUUGAUGUUAUUAGUGACUGGGGGGAGCCACUAAGGUUGCCCUCUCCAGCACCAGUGCCGAAUGAAGUUUCAAAUAAAGGAUCUCCUGGAACACCGAAAAAGGAACGAAAGCAGACAAAAAAGGUCAUUUCAGAAAAUAUAAAGAAUAAAAAACGUUCAGAAAGUCCGGGUAAAAAUGAAAAGAAGUUGAAGGACUCCAAGAAUAAAAUUCAGCCAGUUUAUAUGGAUUUGACCUAUGUUCCUCAUCAUGGAAAUUCCUACUACACGUCUUUAGACUUCUUCAAAAGAAUUAGGGCUAGGUACUACGUCUUCAGUGGCACGGAACCUAGUCGUGAAGUCUAUGAUGCUUUACUUGAGGCAAAGAAAACCUGGGAGGAUAAAGAUUUAGAGGUGACAAUGAUUCCAACCUACGACACAGACACUUUGGGAUAUUGGGUGGCAGAUAACGAAGAGGCGUUAGCAGCUCACCACAUAGACCUUUCCCCAUCGGCGUCCAGGUGCACGAUUAAUCUACAAGAUCACGAGACAAGCUGCAGUGCUUACAGACUUGAAUUCUAGGGAAUAGCAGCCUGCCCAGCCUUCAUAGUCGAGUUCUGAGCCGCGUCCAGAAUAACUUCCGAUUUAAAAUCUGGACCAUUCAUUCCAAAGAGAUUGACCAUAGAUCAAUCCUUUUUCCCGUCCCGUGGCUCCCAAAGGUUGUACUCGCUGCUGAAAAUGCGGACAGGCAAUCCAUUUUCAAAUCACAGCUUAUUAUUUCUAAAAGUGAGGCAGACACUGACUUCCUCUUGGAUAAACUCUUUUUGUUGCGAGAGGAGAGGAUGGGAUUAAAAGAAAAUUAUUUUCGCAAAACUCUUCUAUUAAGUUUUACCCAAUUAUGUAAAAAGAAAGACAUGCAUUGAUCUAACGGUGUGCGGAGUAUCUAGUUUUGAAUUAUGGCGAUAGGUAUUUCUAACUUAACUGAAUUAACAGUGGUACCUGCCGAUGCCUAUAUUAAAAAGAAAAAAUAAUACUGAUAAAUACUACAUAAUUGAUACUAAUGAGCAGAUAUGCAAACAUAGAACAUAAACUUCAAUUCACUCGCACACAAACAAGACAUAUUCUCAUGCACAUUUUUAAAGGACUGCUAUGGUGAUUGCAUAACCGAAAUACAGAGAACAUGAACAAUCGAAUAUUGAACAUGAUGACUGAAGCUAUAGGGAGAAAUGCACCGAAGUGACCUCGAGUUGACCUGUAGUUAAGACUUUCCGUUUUAUGGGACUGAUUCAGCGCAUAAUGUACUAGUUAACCUAAUAAAUUUAUUUAGGAUUUUCAAAUUCUCCGACGCGAAACAAUCGUUAUCGAUCGCCUUCAUGAACGAGAUGUGCUUUUCACGCGGAUUUCUCUCCUCUCAUUCUCUCCUCGAUCAACAAGGUAGAGUGGAAUGUUCAUUCGGGAAAAUAUUCUUGAAUCUAAUACUUGAUUGAGACAACCGAGAUUCAAUCUUAUAAUAAGAAUUCAAAUAAGAGAUUUCUCUAUUUGUAAAUGGCUGCUUGUAAAUCAAGUGUUGAUUUGGUUCAAGUGGAAGUUCAUAUUAAAAUGUUUUCUGCCUUUUUUGUACAUCUUAAAGGAAAGAAAGAUGCAAACGAUCAAUACUGUAGCCGAGUACAAGCCACUUCCUGAAAUGGAAAGACUUUCCGAAAGUAGACAUAUAGACUAUCAAUAAAUCCGUGGAAACCAUUUCCAAUUUAUGUGAAGUUCGAACAACGUUCCGUUCAGUAGCACAAGUCGCAUAACAUCCAUCCAAAGGACACACCGCGAUCUAAUGAUAACGAUAAUUCUAAUAUAACGAUAAUUUCGAUUGCUGGAUGACUGACAGAAUCAAGAAUAUUGGUUUAAAAUUGUCAGUGAUACAGCAAAAUCGAAAGAUCUACUUCUAGAAAACUUAAAAUUACUUACAUAAUAAUAGAUUAUAGAAGAGUAUGAGGAGGUAAAUGACUAGGAAAAUCCAAAAAAAAGUGAUUGAACUUUUGUACUUAUUCCUCUGUCAACGAUAAGAUUUACAGUGAUAAUGAUGAGGAUUGGGUGGCGGCUACGAUAAUGAAGGUGAUAACGCAUUAUGAUGACGCACUGAUGAUGAUAAUGAUGAUGACGAUGAUGAACAUCGUAACGAAUAUCCCUUAGCGGUAGGAAAAAAAAUUUGAGUCAAUGAUUGAAAAUACAAUGAGAGAGAAAUUUGCAAUUUCAAUUUGUAUUAUUUACAUAACUCUCAAUAAGCUGAAUUUAUUCAUUGUUCGCCUCGUUAUAUAUUAUAUAAAUAAUCUAACUAUUAAAAUAUUCUUUUGAGCGAUUCUCAGUUUAAAAUUAUUUUAAUCUUGAAUUGAAGCUUCUUUCUAACCUGGGAGAGCGUAAGUAAAAUACAAAUUUUACAUACAGUUGAAAUUCGAAGAUUUUAAUACUAUUGAAAUUUAAAAAAUUAUUGAAGAUUCGAGAAAGAGCAGAAAAAUGGUAUACGUGGAUUUAAAGUUAUAUGGAAAUUUGAAUGUCUGUAGACAGAGUUUAACGACUAAGAUUUUUACCUAGAUCAAUAGAAUGCGUUAUGAAAGAUAAGGAUUCAGAAUUCACUGAUAGAUUCAUUGUGGUGAUAAUUUUUCAUGGAGAUCAGGGUCACAGAAGUUUGAACUCGGUGGGGUUAAAAAGUAGCAGUUAGAUUUUUCUACUGACCGCCUCUUUUUUUCUGGUGGCUCUAGGAAGUAGAUUAAAUUUUAUAUUUCAUGUAAUUUGUAAACUGAUACAUUAUAUACUCGUUUUCUUAUAGUUUUUAUUUAUUUUUUUCAAUUUAUUAAAAAUUGUCAUAUACUUGUAGAUAUAUUCUAUUCCUUCAUUCACGUAGAUGAAAUAUAUUUUGUAAUUGAGUGAUAAACAGCUAAGUAACAUUUUAUUAACCUGUGUUGGAAGGAAGUCUAAAGAAUGAAUGACCACAAGGUGACUACCAACAUUUUCAAAAAGAAGUCUUCAAGUGUAUAGUUAAUUUGAAAUUCUAGUUUUAUUUUAAAUCCUGAUUGCCUUUUAUGGUAUAGACAUUAUUUAAAAGAUCGAUUUGUCACCUUGUAAGUGUGUUUAGAGAUGAGAAAGUAAUAAUCGACAGACAUCGAGUUAUAUUUACUAUAAAGCUAUUAUGAAUUAUUGCUAUAUUACUAAGUUUUAAAGUGAUUAUUGUCUCAGACGUCAUCAUCAUUGUCGUCAUUUUCUUUCAUUUCGCGGGCUAAAGCUUUUUAUAACAUACAUACCUACAUACGUGCGAGGUCAAAAAUAGAUGGUACAUACCUAAAAAUUGAGCGGAAGGAAAAAGAGAUAAAGUAUGCACUUAUGUAUUAUUUAUUGAUGAGUAAUAAUGACCAGCUAUCUAGGUAGGAUGUUAAAAUUAUCAAAUAAAACUAUAACUUACACAGUGUCGAUUGAAGAAAUCAGAACUAUUAUACACUGAUAAAUUAAAAGCGAAACAUUAAAUUAGCUUGCGAGCUUUCAGAGAAAUCAAUAAUUUAGGAAUGAAGCUAUGACAUGAUGAACGGCAAAAAAAGGUAACCGUUAAAGAUAUACUCGACAAAUGCAGGGAAAAAAUUAUAACUGUGGUUCGCCUGUAAGGAAUGGGAACGACGAAAUUGUAUUUCAAUCAAUUUAUUGGCAUAUAAUUGCGUAUCCGGUGUUGCGGAAGAUACAUCGCCGGUGUUGGGAGAGCAAAGUGAAAAAUUUCUCAUAAAAGAGGGAAAAUUUUCUCUUUUAAAAACGGAAAAAUAAUACAAAUUAAAAAAAUAUUGAACUGACUUUAAUAUUCCACCCAAUGUUUAUUAUAAUUGUAUGUUUAAAAUAACAAAUUCUCUGGCCUAAGACGAGACAUCCAACUAAAAUUUUUUGCGUCCAAGAUUUUAUCUUUCCGCAUGUUAUGUUUCUGAACAGAGGAUUUCUGAUGCUAAAGCAAAAUAAGCGCCCGGUCUGUCAGCUUCAUUUUUUUUCUCGCGUGAUAUAGUAUGAUCAAUUGCAGACACAGCUUAAUCGUUGAUCGAUAUGUUCUCAUAUCAGAAAUCCUUUGUUUAGAACUGUGAGAUUUUCGGAUACGCGAUACUCUAGUCAGUAAUUAUGCAAAAUAUUUCCUACGAUGCAAAAGAAGCUCUAGUCAUCCAUUCUGUUCUCAUUCCUGAAAGUGCACCGACUCAUCGCGUUUUCGAGUAUCGAAUUAUAAAAAUUUACUGUGGAGUGUUUAUGGUGCUAUGAUUAUUGUAAUAGAAAUAACAAUGUUAUGCUAUAUAAUAAAAGGAAUAAUAUAAUAAAUAUAAACCAUACCUUA